AUGAAGAGAAACAGAGGCAACGGAAGACGCGUGCGAGGCAGAGGACUCACCGAGAGAGAGGCUGACGUGCGGCGGUUCUGGGUUGCUGGCGGGGGUCACGGCAGCGCGACUGGGGGCUCGUCUGUGGUGGUGCGACGCCGAAAGGUGCGUCCGUGUGGUCGUUACCGUGGAAGAGAAGCAGAGGCUUCUCCACGUUCGUUGCUGUUGCGGCGUGCCUUGGCCGCUGAGGAUGGUCUGCUGUCUUCUGUGGUGGCUGGUGGUGGCGUGGAGUUGUCGCGGCUGGUUUCUGGACAGGGAGGCACGGUGGUUGCCGUGUGGGUGGCCAGCUUUGAGAAAGGUGGCGAUGAUGGUGCACCAUCUGAAUGUGACAAUAAGUUUCGGCCUAAUAACACCCCUGUGGUGGCACUGUCAACUAGAUGGUUCAACAAUAAGUAUAGAUGCUUGAAUUAUAUCACCAUCCAUGAAAAUGGAAGGAGGGUCAAGGCUAAGGUGGUUGAUGAAUGUGAUUCUACUAUGGGGUGCGAUGCUGACCAUGAUUACCAGCCUGCUUGUCGUAACAAUAUUGUUGAUGCCUCUAAGACUGUUUGGAAGGCGUUAGGAGUACCACAAAAUGAUUGGGGUGAAUUAGAUAUUUACUGGUCUGAUGCUUAA